AAUUUAUUAUGAGCUGUAGUUUCAAUAUAGGCUUGUUGUUCUCUCUUUCCCCAUCCCCAUUCUUCCUCAUUUCACCCCUUUUGCUCUAAUUCUCUCUCUCGUCUCUUUGCUACAUUCUCCUUCUCUCCAUUCUUCAUCAAUCACUUUCCUCUUCUCAAUCAUCCCUUACCCCUUUCACUUCUUGCAUCGCAACUCUUCCAUUCAUCGCCUUGACCCUUUUUAGGGUCUAGGUCCAAUUCUCUUCCUAUCAAUUUUGUUCCUUUACCUAUAUUCCCUAUCCAAUUUGCUUCGUUUUUCACUCCCUUUAAAUGCAUCUGAUUUGAUGUUUUCAAUCACAUAGCUUGAGCUCACAGGUGUGUAGGUGCUGAUUUUGGUGUGACUUUGUUGAAAUAUGAGCCGAAGAGUGAGGAGGAAAGUGGCAAGAAAAGGAAAAGGGAAUGUGGUUUCGAGUUUCCCUGAAAUUGAAGACGAGGUUGCGGAUUUGGAGCCGGGAGGAGUUGUUGAUUGGAGGAGCUUACCUGAUGAUACAGUAAUUCAGCUACUGUCUUGUUUGAGUUAUCGAGACCGAGCUAGUUUAUCAGCAACUUGUAAGACAUGGAGGGUUCUCGGGAACUCUCCGUGUUUGUGGACUUCUUUGGAUCUUCGUUCGCACAAGUUUGAUGCCAAUGUUGCAUCUUCACUUGUUUCUAGAUGUGUGCAUCUACAGAAGCUUAGGUUUCGUGGGGCUGAGUCUGCUGAUGUACUGCUUCAUCUUCGAGCUAAGAACUUGCGUGAAAUAAGCGGCGAUAGUUGUAGGAAGAUGACUGAUGCAACUCUUGCUGUCGUUGCAGCCCGGCAUGAGUUACUUGAGAGUCUUCAGCUUGGACCAGAUUUUUGUGAUAAAGUCACUAGUGAUGCUAUAAAGUCAAUAGCUCAUUGCUGUCCUAAUUUGAAUAAACUUAGGCUCUCAGGCAUUAGGGAUGUAAAUGCUGAUGCUAUUAAUGCAUUGGCUAACUAUUGUCCUAAGCUGACUGAUAUCGGGUUCAUCGACUGCCUGAGUGUUGAUGAGCUUGCAUUGGGAAAUGUGCAAUCAGUUCGUUUCCUUUCUGUUGCGGGGACACCAAGUAUGAAGUGGAGUGCGGUUUCACAUCUUUGGCAUAAGCUUCCUAAUCUCAUUGGAUUAGAUGUUUCAAGAACCGAUAUUGGUCCCUCUGCUGUUUCAAGAUUGUUAUCCUCGUCAACAAAUUUGAGGGUUUUGAUUGCUUUGAACUGUCCUAUCUUUGAAGAAGAGACUAGCUUUUCUGCUAGUAAAUAUAAAAACAAGUUGUUGAUUUCCCUAUCCACGGACAUUUUUAAAGGACUAGCUUCUUUAUUUUUUGAUAAUACAAAUAGAGGAAAGAAUGUGUUUUUGGACUGGAGGACUUCAAAGAGUAAUAAUGAUAAGGGUCUUGAUGAAAUUAUACCUUGGCUUGAAUGGAUGCUAUCACAUAUACUUUUGCGUUCUGCUGAGAGCCCUCAACAGGGAGGUCUUGAUCAUUUCUGGGUUGAACAAGGUGCGUCGCUCUUGCUUAGUCUAAUGCAGAGUUCUCAAGAGGACGUUCAGGAGAGGGCAGCCACAGGUCUUGCAACUUUUGUUGUGAUUGAUGAUGAAAAUGCUAGCAUCGAUUGUGGAAGGGCUGAAGCAGUAAUGCGAGAUGGUGGCAUUCGCCUCCUUCUUGGGCUUGCAAAAUCUUAUAGGGAAGGGCUUCAGUCUGAGGCAGCUAAGGCUAUUGCAAAUUUGUCCGUGAAUGCCAAUGUGGCCAAGGCGGUUGCAGAAGAGGGUGGGAUUGAGAUCCUUGCCAGUUUGGCUAGGUCAAUGAACAAACUUGUAGCUGAAGAAGCUGCUGGAGGAUUAUGGAACCUCUCUGUUGGAGAGGAGCACAAGGGUGCCAUUGCUGAAGCGGGUGGAGUACAAGCUUUAGUGGAUCUUAUAUUCAAGUGGUCCUCUACCGGAGAUGGAGUUUUAGAACGGGCAGCUGGUGCAUUGGCUAAUUUGGCUGCUGAUGACAAGUGUAGUACAGAGGUUGCACUGGCAGGAGGUGUACAUGCUCUAGUGAUGCUUGCUCGUAAUUGUAAGUACGAGGGAGUGCAAGAGCAGGCUGCUCGUGCGAUGGCUAAUUUAGCUGCUCAUGGAGAUAGCAACAGCAAUAAUGCUGCUGUCGGACAAGAAGCAGGUGCUCUUGAGGCUCUCGUUCAACUUACACGUUCUCCCCAUGAGGGUGUCAGGCAAGAAGCUGCCGGUGCACUUUGGAAUUUGUCAUUUGACGAUAGAAAUCGAGAAGCCAUUGCAGCAGCUGGUGGAGUUCAAGCUUUGGUUUCUCUUGCCCAAUCUUGUUCUAAUGCUUCCCCCGGGCUUCAAGAGAGAGCUGCUGGUGCUCUAUGGGGACUGUCAGUUUCUGAAGCCAAUAGCAUUGCCAUUGGACGAGAAGGAGGCGUCGCACCUCUGAUUGCAUUGGCACGAUCUGAAGCAGAGGAUGUUCAUGAAACGGCUGCAGGAGCACUAUGGAAUCUUGCUUUCAACCCUGGCAAUGCUUUACGAAUAGUAGAGGAAGGUGGAGUAGCAGCACUCGUUGAUCUCUGUUCUUCGUCAGUGUCAAAAAUGGCACGGUUUAUGGCGGCAUUGGCUUUGGCCUACAUGUUUGAUGGGAGAAUGGAUGAAUUUGCUUUAGUUGGCACCUUGUCAGAAAGUGUUUCUAAGAGCGUUGGCUUGGAUGGAGCCAGAAGGAUGGCUCUGAAACACAUCGAAGCAUUUGUACGUAUGUUCUCUAAUCAACAAGCAUUUGCGGCCGCUGCUUCUUCGUCAGCUCCUGCAGCACUAGCCCAAGUUACUGAAAGUGCUCGUAUUCAAGAAGCUGGACAUCUUAGAUGCAGUGGUGCUGAAGUUGGAAGAUUUGUUACUAUGCUACGAAAUCCAUCAUCUAUACUCAAAGCUUGUGCAGCAUUUGCUCUUCUUCAGUUUACGAUUCCUGGUGGACGACACGCCGUGCACCAUGCCCGUCUCAUGCAGAAUGCAGGGGCAGCAAGAGUUCUACGCAGUGCGGCUGCGGCAGCGACCGCCCCUCUCGAAGCAAAAAUCUUUGCUAGGAUUGUUCUUCGUAAUCUUGAGUAUCACCACAUAGAGCAUACCGUGUAGAUCAUUGCAUCUGUUGUUUAACCGUCCAUUUUCUCGAAUCAUAUUGAACAUCGUGAAACUGUGAUAUUGUGUCACAUGUACACAAAAACUACCAACUUGCCAUAAGAACACUGCUCACUGAUCUUUGUUGUAUGUGAAGCGAGUUAUAAAUCGACAAGGUUGGUUCUCUUUAUCUUUCGACUUUUUAUAGAACUUGUUAGUAAAGAGAUGUAUUUCUAGCACUUUUUGUAACAAUCUUUUCAUGUCAAGGCUAGAUUAGACUAUAGGCAAAUUGAUAUAAAUUUUAUUGCCUUGAUGAUUAAUUUUUUUUCCUUCUUUGUACUAUUUCUGUAUAACUAUAAAUUUAGAGCUUAUUUUAAGAGACUUACUAAAGGCUCUGUUAUUUUA